GGCGGCGGCGCGCGCCGCGCGGCCCCACGUGCUGCUGCUGGACGCCGGCGACCAGUACCAGGGCACCGUGUGGUUCUCCCGCUUCAAGGGGCGCGAGGCGGCCCACUUCAUGAACCUGCUGCGCUACGACGCCAUGGCUUUGGGGAACCAUGAGUUUGAUGAAGGUGUGAGUGGAUUGUUGGAUCCUCUGCUUAAAAAUGUUAAUUUUACCAUCCUGAGUGCAAACAUUAAGGCAAAAACUCCAUUAGGAAAUGAAAUGAUGAAGUAUGUUCAUCCUUUUAAAAUAGUGCGUUUUGGCUCGGAAGCAGUAGGAAUUGUUGGCUAUACUACAAAGGAAACUUCUUUUCUUUCAAAUCCAGGGAAUGAUGUAAUCUUUGAAGAUGAAGUUGAAGCAGUGCAACUUCAAGUGAAUAAACUUACUGCUAUGGGAAUUAACAAAAUAAUUGCACUAGGACACUCUGGUUUUACUGUGGACAAAACCAUUGCCCAAAAAGUGAAAGGAGUGGAUGUGGUAAUCGGAGGACAUACAAACACGUUUCUCUACACAGGCCGCCCGCCCUCCAGCGAGCAGCCGGCCGGCCCCUACCCCUUCAUGGUGCAGGCCGACGACGGCCGCAGGGUGCCAGUCGUGCAGGCUUACGCCUACGGGAAGUAUCUCGGCUUCCUAAACCUCCUCUUCGACGAGAAAGGAAACGUCAUCGAAGCAGAGGGAAACCCCAUCCUGCUGGACAGCAGCGUGCCUGAAGAUGAGCACAUUAAAGAAGAAGUGGAAAAAUGGAGGAAGAACCUGGGAAAUUAUUCCGAGGAAAUUGGAAAAACCAGCGUUUACCUGAACGGCACGAGCCAAGCCUGCCGCUUCCAGGAGUGCAACUUGGGAAACCUGCUUUGCGACGCCGCGCUUUAUGAGAACGUCAGACAUCCCAAUGGGAAGGAGUGGAACCACGUUUCCAUGUGCAUCCUGAACGCGGGUGCGAUCCGCUCAGCCAUCGAUGAGCAGAGCACUAAUGGUAGCAUCACGAUGGAAGAUUUGCUGUCCGUCUUGCCAUUCGGAGGCCGUUUCGAUGUGGUGACGUUAAAGGGCUCCACUCUGAAAGAAGCUUUCGAGCACAGUGUGCGCAGGCACGGGCGGGGAACCGGAGAGCUGCUCCAGGUCGGGGGCAUCCACGUGGUCUACGACCUCUCCAAAGCCCCAGGAAGCAGAGUUGUUAGCAUAGACGUGCUCUGCACGGCCUGCAGAGUCCCAGCCUACGAACCACUGCAGAUGGAUCAAAUUUACAACGUGACGCUCCCCUCCUAUUUGCUGUUCGGUGGCGAUGGCUACGAGAUGCUUAAAGACAAGAAUCUGGGGUACAGCAAAGGUGACCCUGAUAUUGAGGUUGUUUCCCGCUACCUUCAAAGAAUGAGAAGAGUUUAUCCGGCGCUUGAAGGUCGAAUAAAAUUUUCUGGUGGAAGUCUUAUCCAAGGAAGCUUUACCCUGAUUGCCAUAUUGUUCACUCUAACAUCUUGGACAUUUAAUUUUUGCUUAUGAUUCGUUGUUGUUGGUUUUUUUUUUCCUUUUGGAGAAAGGUAGGAAGGGAGAGGGUGCUGAAGAAGGAAAUUUCUCUUUUCUUACACAUUACAAUAAACAAGUACUUCAGUUUCUGCUUGUAAUCAGGUAAAGCCAUUGAAGCACUUGCUGCAAAGUGAAGGAGCAGAAUUUAUGACUUUUGAUAUGUUUCCAGCUGCUGUUAGAGACUUGCAUAAUCCGCAGCACACCAGUUCUCCAUUGGGAACUUCAUCACUGACCAAAUGGGCAGCCUCCUAAUUUGCCAAAUUCUUCUUGCAGCCCAGACAAUGAGUUGAUAAAAAUCUGAUUCCAGUUCCUAAACAACAGCCUAGAAAUGGGUGCAUCUCUGCUGUUUAAGCUUUCCAGCUAAUAUUUUUACUUUUCUUCAGGUCAAAUUUGUCUUACAGCCAUGCCUGGAAGAGAUGGAUUCAGUGUUACUACAAAAUGAAAAAGGUUGCCCAUAUUUCAAGGUGGAGCAGCUCAUUUUUGUUUUUCAUUGACAAAGAAUACGAUGGAAGUUUGAUUUGAUGUAUUUGGAUUUGACCCCAAUCCAGCACGUGUAACUUCACUGUGUAGUAUGGCCAGUGCCGGGAUCACAAACUGAGGGAACACCCAGCAGCCAGGAUGACACUUUCAUGAGACAAUUCUGCAAGUCAUUCUUGCAGCGGCUGCCACGAGCUUUCUAGACGACUGCCAGCAAUAAAGGUGCUCAACUUCACACCUAAUUCCAGAGACCAAAGCAGAGGCCUCCUGAACCUUACCCAGGAUCAAGGACGUUCAGAGAAAACAUCAUCUACCCACAGCGAUUCCUGCAACACUGUGGCAUCCUUCAGAAGCUGCCCAGUAACAGAGCUGUUUAUAGUGUAACCAGGAUUGUCCCUACACCUCAAAAGUCUUUUUCUCUAGCGGAAAAACAAACAAAAAAACCCCCGCAGAUUUUAAAACACGACCUAAGAGGCAGGUUAAUGAGUAUAAAACCAGAACUAGGAUUUUCUAACACUUUAUCAAGAGGUCAGACCAAUAAGUGUAAGUAAUGAUAU